ACCGGCUCUGCGCUUGGAGCGCGGCACGCUGUGCAGAUAACCUGAACGCUGGCCAUUUUCUGAUUUCGUUUUCUUUGGUUUUGCUUGGCGUCUAGAGGUCCGGCACACCGUCGCUCUGGAGCCAACAGCAGGGGCGGGUGGGGCGCGUCACCCUAGCGCGGGGGAAAGCCGGUUCCCGGGUUUGCCGGAGUAGGCGGAAGGGCCUUUUCGCUAACCGCGACACUGCUGGGGCCAAAGGUCCUUCCCCACGCGAUCCCCCAGGUCUUCCUUAAGGGCCUUUUUGCUCCUGGUCCCAUUAUCGUCCUUCCUUUUCUCAGCUCACCAGCUCCUUCCUCCCUCGUGUCAGCAGAGACUGAAGACCUCGCUCUGCUCUCCCAGAACCCCGACUUUGAGGAACCAGCGUGUACUUAACUUUGAUCAGGAUGCAGUCUGUUGGGCUGGGGAGGUUCUCUAAAUUUGUCAUGUCAAUCCAGCCAUGAACCCAAAAUGUAUCUUCAUUUAAAUUUUAGUCCAGAGGGCUUUAAAAAAAAUCAACAAAAUGCAACUUUUAGAGGCUUCUGAGAACUGUACUGCAUUAGAUUACCUUUGAGAUAAUUAAGUUAGCGCCUUGAGGAGGUUCAAAGAGGAGGCUUGACACUUUUUCCUCCACCUGUAUCACAGUUUGAAAUGGAAAACAUGAGUUGGUGACUUUCCACACGAGGUGACGCAGAUGAUAAAAAUCCGUUCAAGAAUUUGUAUGUGACAUCUGCCGCAGGUUCAAAACUCUCAGCUAUAAGACAAACUGGAUACUUCGUAAAGAUUUUCGUCUGUAAUGCACAGAAAGCCAAAAUCCAUUACUGAAAUUGUCUGGGUGAGCUGCCUGCUGGGUCCAGUGAUGCUCUAGUAGACAAAGAAGUUGAAAAAGAAGGCUCACUUAUUCUCUGGAUGACUGGCAGAAUGUGACACCAAUAUGGUGCGCUUUAAGAAGACGACCAUAGAAAAGAAGAACACAUUUUCUUCUUGCCACAAAAAUUGCAAUAGAAAAAAUCUGUGACCGUUUAAAGGGCCAAUGAGUACUCUUAUCAUCGAAGCAUUCUAUGGGGGGUCCCAUAAACAGCUCGUGGACCUUCUCCGAGAAGAGUUUGAAAACUGUGUUCUUUAUACUCUUCCUGCGAAGAAGUGGCAUUGGAGAGCACGGACAUCAGCUUUGUACUUCUCUCAGAAUAUUCCCAUCAGUGAGCAUUACAGGAUCCUCUUUGCAAGCUCGGUGCUUAACCUGACUGAACUGAUUGCCCUUCGGCCUGACCUUGGGAAAUUGAAAAAGAUUUUAUACUUCCACGAGAACCAAUUGGUAUAUCCUGUCAAGAAAUGUCAGGAGAGGGAUUUCCAAUAUGGAUACAACCAAAUUCUCUCAUGCCUGGUAGCUGAUGUAGUGGUCUUCAACUCGGUUUUUAAUAUGCAGUCAUUUCUCACUUCUAUUGGAAGAUUUAUGAAGCUGAUUCCUGAUCACAGACCCAAGGAUCUGGAAACCAUCAUCGGACCCAAGUGCCAAGUUAUUUACUUUCCCAUCAGGUUUCCUGAUGUGAGCAGAUUCAUGCCAAAGCAUAAAAUGGCCCAUUCACAAAAGAUGCUCAGCCUUCGAGGAGACGGCACUGCUGCUUUGUCCACGGCCCUUCCUCUCCCGCCGGAGCAGGGAAGUUCUGAGAAUAUAUUGGAUAAUGUGGAGUCACAGUCUGGGCCUUGUGAUGCUGCACAACCAGAAAACCUGGGUAGCUCAUUAACGCAGGAGUCAUACUUGAAAAUGCACGACUCAUUAGAUAAUUCAAGCUCUCGUCCUGGAGAACAGAAGAAAAAUUCAUAUGACAUUUCGAGGGAAGCUGAUGAUCAACAAAGACCAUUGCACAUCGUCUGGCCUCACAGGUGGGAGCAUGAUAAAGAUCCGGAGAGUUUUUUUAAGGUAUUAAUGCAUCUUAAGGACUUAGGACUGGAUUUCCACGUAUCUGUCCUUGGAGAAACCUUCACAGAUGUCCCAGAUAUAUUUUCAGAGUCCAAAAAGGCGCUGGGAUCGUCUGUCUUACACUGGGGCUACUUACCCAGCAGAGAUGACUAUUUCCACGUACUGUGCCUGGCUGAUGUUGUCAUCUCAACAGCUAAGCAUGAAUUCUUCGGAGUGGCGAUGUUGGAAGCUGUGUAUUGUGGUUGUUACCCACUUUGUCCCAGAGACUUGGUUUAUCCCGAAAUAUUUCCAGCUGAAUAUCUGUAUUCUACACCUGAACAGCUUUCAAAGAGGCUCCAGAAUUUCUGCAAGAGACCUGAUAUUAUAAGGAAACAUCUCUAUAAGGGUGACAUGAAUCCUUUUUCUUGGGCAGCCCUACAUGGUAAAUUCAGGUCUCUGCUUACAACAGAACCAAGGGAAGAUUUGUGACAGAUGGGGCUAAGUCACAAACUUGCAGCCUAAGGCAGAAUCUGUAGAACUUUCCAGAGUGUGCCCAUAUUUACCUGAUCAGAGAGAACAGAAAAUCUGCAGAGGAAGCUGAGCCUGGCUGCUUGUCAUAGCUGACACAGAGCCAUCUGCCACAAACCUGUGGCGGCUUCAGAUCUCCAAUCCCUGCCACCACCCCAACUCAAAUUAAAUACAGAUUCCUAGAGACGUUAUGAUGGUUACACAUGUCCUCGGCAUCACAUGGAGGAGACUGUUCAAAAAAAAUAUGUGGCCUGUUGUAUAACCGCACUCAUGUAUCCCAUAUGUGGUGCCACAUUGAAUUUCCGGUGGAAUCCGUUUUUAUCCUUUGUACUGGAUGACAUGGUGCCUGAAUUCUUUCUCUUUGCCGACAUGAUGGCAGCCAAACUGCAGCUUCAAACACUCACACUUGGCUGCGUUUCUACCUGGGCUGCCAGGUUAUCACCGGAGCCUUCUUGUGCCCUCAGAGGGCCACAGAGUCUGACAGGAGGGUCGGAGGAACGCCGUGGGACUAACUGGGCAGCCAUCUCAGAGCUGUUUGUGGCGAAGGGCUGCUUUAGCACUUUCCUUUUAGCAAAUUAAUGACUCUCUGGCACGGGCAUUUGUAAGUGAAGGUAUUAAUAAGGGGUCUGGCAGGUAUUCCCAUGAUUCACAGAGUUACAUUUGCAUUUAAUUUAUCUUCAAGAAAGUUGUAAGAUAAACAGCUGUAAUUUGAACAAACAUGGGAAAUACCAUGAGUGGGGCCACCUUAUCCAUAAAAUGAACACUGAGAUCCUUGUUUUAGUUUUUUUCAUGGGUAAAAAUAGAGAAAUAAAAAUACUUCUAACAAAAACCAGUAUUUUUGAUAUAAAUAUUUCUUGAAAAUAUUUGGAUUCAGCUACAAAUACAACAUUUUUUGAGACAAAUCACUUACAUUCUAAUAGUCAAGCUGCUGUAUUUGUGGAUGUAAAGAGGUUUUGAAUGGUUAGAUUGUAAAAUAAAUUUUUAAUAAAGUGCCCUCUGCCAUUUUUAAUUAAAAUACCUCAUUUACAUGUAAGUGUGUACAUCUAUCUGUAUGUUUCUCACUAAACACUUUCCUUGUGUCAAGAGACAACGAAUACAAUUGUUUCCUUUCCGGAUGAACAAGGAUCUGUUUUGCAAAUGUUUGUAAGAUAUUAUGACAUUUCCAAGAUUUUCUUUGCAUUCUGGAAAGCAGGAGGUAAACAUUUGUAGUCAUUAAGGUAAAGUCUGUUGAUAAACCAUCUUCUGUUUACUGGCAGGUAAAUUUGUAACUUUCCUAGCUUUUGAAAUGAGUUCCUUCUACACGGCGGCAGCAUGAGGACCAGCCAGGGAGAGGAGGGCAGACCGGGGCCCCGAGUCUUCUGGCGGGCGCCCUGCCUAGAGGAGGUCACGGUGUAGGUGCUCAGUGGGGCCCGCUGGCAGCCGACACCAUGGUAAGCACAAAUAAAUGAAGGUCAGGGAGCCGCAUGGAGGCCUGGCUACAGAGGCACUUUCAGAUCAAAGGAAGCAGGAGUUCAGGGUCCACGAGGCCAGGGAUUUAAAAGCCGAAAGAGUAAGAAGCAGAAGAAACAACGAGGUCCUUUUUGCACAGAGAGCCCUCUCCCUAACGAGUGCGAGAAGUGUAGGAUGGGAUAUCACAGCACGGGGGGGUUUGAGUGCUACUGUGUGCGGAAGUCACGGAACAAAUGACCUCCUCACCUGCAAACGGAACGGUUCAGGGGUUGUUUCCAAGUUCCUUUGAUCCAAGACUGUGGGACUCAUCAGCCGUCGGGUGUGCUCCUUUUGAGUGCAAAAUAAAGAUAGAAAUGUGCACCAGAGAUUCUUAGACACCUCAGGGCAGUGUUCGUCAUCAUCCAAGGAGAUGAGUUGCACCAGCAAGUUCGCUUCACUCACGCAAGUGCCAUGUCAUCAAUAACACCUCAAAAUAACAUUAUACUCUCACAGCCAAGAAACUGUGCUUAGUUUACUGUUUUUCUAUCCUGAAAAUAAUGGGCACACAUCUUACAAUGGCAAGACACUGUAUUCACAUCAACUAUCCCUAUAUGUUUUCUCACUAAUUAAUGGGAGGAGGCAGCUACCUUUCAAACAUUUAAACAUUUCCCUGAUUUUGGCAGAUAUAGUAUGGAAAGUUACCUGUGUGUGGAGUUUUUCUGCACUUGUAAACUUGAAUUGAAUUUUGUCAUUAGCUGCAACCCAAGUUCCUUCCUGAAUAAGAAUUUACAUUAAAGUCAUCUCUUCUUAAAACUCUGCAGUCAGAUUUGGCAGAUGAGUGAGUAAAUGUUUGUAAAUGUGUUCUUAACAUUGGAAAAGACAAAUCUUUGGGGGGGAUGUGCCCACACAUGCUCAGUGGGGCCAUGAUGUAGUGGAAUGAAGUGUUACUAAGUACGCUAAUCCAUAUUUUGCUAAAGUCAGAGAAUAAUUAAGAAUACAAAUUGACUCUUUAAUUUUUGUUUCCCUUACUCUCAGUAGAAGGCUGAGAUCUAAAAUUAAAUAGUUAAUUUUAGAUCUCAGCCCUCUAUUAAUAGUUUAUUGUUAAAAUGUUAACAUUUAACAAUUUCAUCUCAAAGACUAAAAUUAAUAGAAUUGAAUGCUUAAAACAAGACCAAUGUUUUCAACAAGUACAUUAAAAACAAGAACUUUUUGCCCUGGCUGGUGUGGCUCAGUGGAUUGAGCGCUGUCCUGCGAACCUAAGGGUCGCUGGUUCUAUUCCCAGUCAGGGCACACGCCUGGGUUUCAGGUCAGGUCCCCAGUAGGGGACACACAGGAGGCAAACACAUAUUGAUGUCCCUCCCUCCCUUCCUCUCUGUCUAAAAAUAAAAUAAAUAAAAUUUUUAAAAAAUAAAGCAUCAAUAGUUUUAAAAAACAAGAAUUUUUUAAUCUUUAUACUUGAUAAAUAUCUCCAUACUUGAUAAAUAUCUCCAUAUUUGUCAAGACACAAUGUCCAUGAUGCUUGCCCUGAAUUUACUUAAUCGAGGUAAUGCUCUAGCUAGGUGUUUCUAUAAUAAAGCGGCAGGGCACCUAGUUCUUAACCUGCUCAUUAUAUGCCAUGUUGAUCGGGAAGAGGCCCGGAGACCUUUCUUAAGACGCUGCUGUUUCGAUCAGCUCCCUUCAGACACAGUCAAGUGUAAGCGCCCUGCCCUCGCUCCAGCUCUUCGGUUGCUCCCGUGAAGAUGGCAGCAGGCUCAGCCAGCCAGUGGGGCUCUCAGCCGUGGAGUGCUGCAAAGAUUCAUUUCAACACCUUGAAAUGCAUCUGGAAGCAAAGAUUUCAUUUUAUGUUGAAGGUGUUAAUUAUAUUUGAUAUUUUUAAGAGAAAAAAUCUGUUUUUGAGAAAGCAUCUGCUACCCAGAAAUAUUAUGAGACACAAAAAAAUUUCAUUUAAGUUUCAUACUUUCUGUGGGUGAUAGAAUCAGUUUUCAAAUGAUAGUCUGUGCCGUCUUUUAAUGUUGACAUAUCCUCUGAGUCUCGUUCCUCUAUUGACUGCUGACAAGUAUAGCCCUAAGUGCCUUUCUGUUUCGGUGGCAAAUUGAGUGGGAUUUAAUAUCAGAUUUUAUAUUUAACAACAGAGAGAAUAUAUUAUAAACCACUGGCAUGAGCAUGUUUCAUUUUAAAAUUUGAAUUGACAUGCAGGACAACUAUUGUUUCCAUAAUCUGCCCGCCCUUAAAAUUAUUCAUUAACAUGUAACUGGAAAAGUUUUAAAACAUGCAAACAAUUCUAUGUGCUGCUCAAAGAUGUGCACGUAUGUGAUUAAAGUAUAACCAGAAAACAUGCACCAACACCAACAAUGCAAUGAUAGUUAAGUCAGAGGAGCAAUGGGGGAAAGAACCGACAUGUAACUGGUAGAGGUAUAUUCAUGGUACAGGUAACGGUCUAUUUCUUAGGCUGGGCCAUAGUACACGUGGGCUUUUUCCUACUCUCUCUGUCUUUUUACAUGUCUGAAGUGUUACUCUGGAUAUGCCUUUUCAUCAGAACUAUCAGUACUUUGGGAAGCCUGUGGUUAAUUUUACUACCAUGCUGUCCUUCACAUUUCUUGACUCUAAACUAUUGGUCAAAUCAGAGAGCCAUUUUUCCUUGGACUGUUAAAGAAAGUGCCCUAACUGCCACUUUUGCAUGACAAGACUCCUCUGCUUCCCAGGAGGCAAGCACCUAACCUUGACCCUGAAAGAAAUCAAAGAAAUCGUACUCUGAAGUUGAACCUGACUGUGCGUGGGUUCCUUUUCCCCCAGAGCUUCUGAUCACCAUUUGUAACUAAUGCCUGAUUGUUUCUAAUGCAAGAUGGGAAAUAUCUUGUAUUAGAUAUUUCAAGAUAUCUAAUGGGAAAUAGCCACCUCCAGGAAAAUGUUAAAUGAACUGGUCUUCCUACCUUGACAAAUUCAGAGCUGUGUGGUAGAGCGCAGAACUGCCUGAUGACCUACCCACUCUGCCCACUUCCUGUAUUGUUACCUGUCCUUUUCCUGUCCACUUCCUGUGUGGUAGAGCACAGAACUGCCUGCUGUCCUACCCACUCUGCCCACUUCCUGUAUUUGUUACCUGUCCCUUUUCCUCUUGAAGACACAGGAGCCAAGGGUGGGCUCUGUAUGUUGCAGUCCAUCUCAUGAAAGUGACUCCUCCCUCGGAUCUUCAGGAUGCCCUAGCUGCACAUGCGGUCCACGGGAUUCCAAGAACCAAGAUCCCCACUCACCCUGUGGCCCAUUUCCCUACAUCGGAAUUGGGGAUCGGUGUCCUCAGGGGUCCUCCCAUUGUCUGUCAUUGCCUGAUUGAUGCUGUAUUCCCUCCCAUGGCUCUGUGGUAACGAUGGUCAACCCCAGGACAGGUUCAUAACUGUUCUUAUAAACCGAUGUAAAGAACUGAUAUUUCCAUGUGUCUGGGUGGAGGGGAAUGAAGGGGGGAAUAGAACAACUGUA